AUGCUUUGCGCACCAGUCACGCUUGGCAUGUUUGCAUCAGAGGGCUUUGCACUGGUGCUCCUGAUAUUUUUGGCCAUGCGUUACCGCGACAACUUGCGUACUAUGCACAUACGCAGUCCAAAUCAAGUCUGGUCUAUUCUAUUCGCCGUUUUCCUCGGCUCAGCAACAAUAGCGAUAUCGCUCCUUUGGUCAAUGGCGUAUUUGAAAUGUUUAGAUACGUCAAAUACGCUCGUCGAGGUUCUCGGCCCAGGUCGCGCGGCUUACGAAUGUCGUCCAUGGCAAUUCUUAUCAAGAGCAAAUAAGUAUGCUGUUUUUAUGAUCUAUUACAAUAGCUGUGCUAUCGCAACAAUCGCAUUCCAGUUGCUUGUGCUAGAGCGUUACCGCAAAAUAUCGCACUUAUUCCCCAAGGUGGUAGAACAAUAUGGGCUGCGGAUCUAUCUCAGCAUCUAUGGAGUUGCGAGUGCACUGGGCUGGACUCUUGGCAUUGCUGAGCUCUUCAUCUCACCCUCGACCAUCAUCAGUCGAGCGUCGAUUAUCAAUACCCUGUCAUCCGUGGGCUACUGCAUUUGGAUUGCAUCUACUGGCAUCACUGACGCAAUACUAGGCUGGGUGAUUGUCACACAGAUCAGACGGGGUCGCAGAGAAAUGUCUAUGGGAGACACGUCGCACUCGUACAUGAUUGGAAGACUAGGCACACUGCAGAAGCUCUUUGCUCUCAUCGUCUUUUUCGACUGUGGCAUUGUCACGCUCACUUCCCUAAAAAAGACCGAGAGCCACAUCAUCCAUGGGCACAUAUUCGCAUGGGAGAUUGCGGGAAUCGAAGUAUCGGCGACCAUCCUGCAUGCGACCAUGACACUCUGCUUCAUGCAGAUGCUGGCAGGGGUCUUGUCUUCCUCGCAACCUCAGUUCGACUUUGUUGUGCGCAACAAAGGUUUGCAAACUGGAACAGCCACGCAAGGCGAGUGGUCAGAGCGACCGAAGCGGCCCGCGCUUGCCUGCAUUCAGAAGCCAUCACAGGCAAAGCUUGGUAGUACAGAGAAGGUCAUCAAAGAACAUGAGCUAGACUGCUCGGCGCUCGAUGUCCUCCAAUACCAAGAUACUGAGAGCAGUAAUGGACGGCGAGGCACUGUAGUGACCUUCAAUUCUGCUCUGUCUUUGCCGGGCUCGUCACUCAAGAGCCCAGUGAUGUUGCUUUCGGAAAACGAGAUGGAGGAAGACGCCCUUCUGAGAUUACCCAACAGUCCAUCUUUGCAAGCUUUUGCCAAUUACGACAUGCGGCAAGCUGGAGCAUAUUCAUGA